CCUCCCGGCCCCUGCGCCAGGCCGCGCAUGCGCCGCAGCGCGGCCGGGGCUUUCCAGCACGACGCUCCGCCGUCGGAGUUUCCCGGGCCGGGGGGCGGUGCCCGCCGGGGGCGCCGCGUCCCCCCCCACCGGCUCCCCCGCCGGUGCCGUAUAUAGGCUGGGGCGCGCCGGCGGCUCGGCUGUUGCGGGGGCCUGCGCGGAGAGCGUUGUCUUCUGCCCAAAGGAAUUAAAUGAUUGAAACUAUAGAUACUUAAAAUUUCUUCUUGUGAACAGUCAAUAUCAAUAUGGAGGUGUAGGCCCCUUAGAAGGGACUUCAGUCUGAACUCUGGGAGGUAGUUUUGUGCACAAAUAAAGAAACUAAAACAUUAAAAAUUGUUUUAUCUGAGGAUUCUGUUUACUUUAUAAACAUGGCAUACAGAAAAAAUGUAAUUAAUCAAUAUAGAAUAUUAAAAUGUCCCAAUACAAAUCAGUUUAUUUCUGUUAAAUAUGAUAACUGUAUACUUGUAACUAAGACACCAGAUUAAAAUGGUCAGUUCAAUCUGUGCUGAGAACGCUAUAGACAAAAAAGCCUUGGGCUAUUCCAAGCCUGUAGUUUAAGAUGCUUCAUCUUCAUCAGCAAUAGUGUAUAGGAUUUAUUUAUCCUGUAGCUGAAUCCUUGAUGUAUGCAAGGUUGAGUAUAAAUGGGCUUUUUUAGUCCUAACAAUUCUGAUUGUAAUAUGCAGAAGUCAAGGUUUCUUGGUAGUCUAAUACUAGCAGCUAUAUCGGAUGAUGUUCAGGGGAUUUUUCUUGUAAUGCCUUUUGAGCUUGACGAAUAGUUAUUUUCAACCUCCUAAUGAGAUUUACAAACCAAAGUUGUUACAGGUAUGAGCUGUGUAUUUAUCAGCUCUCUAGGGUGAAAUGGUUUUUAAAUUAGUAUGUUUUAGUCAAAAUUGUCAGUUUGGUUGCCCCAUGUUUUAGUUUCUUUAUUGAUGAAGGAUUUUGAUAAACCCACUUGAGGUUUUUUGCUCUCUGGACCCCACCUCUACCAGCCUGGCUAAUUGAUACUGUUCUCAGAUGUACAGUGCAAGGAAAGUACGUGAUGGAUAAUUGAGGGAAAAGUCCUUUUUGACAUGCUUUCUGUACUUCUUGACAAAUUGGAAAUAGCUUUUGCACUGAAAACAAAGGAGAACUUAAGUCUUUAAAAGCUGUUAAUCAUGCAACUAGUUCUGUUUACAUGUGCAUUCAAAGUUGCAUAUCAAAAUACUUCACUUUCAGGUUGUUACUUUUGUAAAGGCAGGGGUUACUCAGACUUACCUUUAAUGCACACAACUACCUCCCAGAGGAAGGCUUGUCCCAUUCUUCCAAAAAUAGUCCAUUAUGAACAUAAUGGAAAAUAGCCCUUUCUUGGCUAACAUGAUGAAGCACAGUGCUCUGUGUGAUGAACUGAAGUACGACUUAUCCUGUGAACUCUACCGAAUGUCCACAUUUUCUACUUUCCCUAUUAAUGUGCCAGUGUCAGAACGGAGUCUUGCCCGGGCUGGGUUUUAUUACACUGGUGUGAAAGACACAGUUAAAUGCUUCUGCUGUGGUUUAAUGUUGGACAACUGGCAACCAGGAGAUAAUGCUAUGGAGAAACAUAAACACCUCUAUCCUAGCUGCAGUUUUAUUCAGAAUGUGCUUUCAGUUAACAACCUUGGAUUGUCCUCUCGUUCUGCUUUUUCGCCUCUGGUCACAAGCAGUUUCUCACCAUAUUUACAUUCCAUAAACUCUCCUCCAAGCUUAGAGCAAGUUGGCUAUUUCAGUGGCUCUUUUUCCAGUUUUCCUCAAGACCCCAUAACUACUAGGGCUGUUGAAGACCUCUCAUGUUUGAGACUGAAGCUUCACAAUCCUUCCAUGAGCACAGAAGAUGCUAGACUACGCACUUUUCACUCAUGGCCCCUGACAUUUCUCUCGCCCACUGAUCUCGCAAAGGCUGGAUUUUAUUACUUGGGGACAGCAGACAAAGUUGCUUGUUUUACCUGUGGUGGUCAACUGAGUAACUGGGAACCAAAGGAUAAUGCCAUGUCAGAGCAUCGUAGACACUUUCCUACCUGCCCUCUUGUGGAAAAUCUGACUCGAGACCAACCAAACUUCAAUGUUUCUAAUGUGAGCAUGCAAACCCGUGAAGCACGUGUUAAAACAUUCAUAAACUGGCCAACUAGAAUUCCAGUUCAGCCUGAACAGCUUGCAGAUGCUGGUUUUUACUAUGUAGGGCGCAAUGAUGAUGUCAAGUGUUUUUGCUGUGAUGGUGGGUUAAGGUGCUGGGAGUCUGGAGAUAAUCCAUGGAUUGAGCAUGCAAAGUGGUUUCCAAGGUGUGAAUAUCUGCUUCAUGUAAAAGGAAGAGAGUUUGUAAGUCAGAUUCAGGCCCGGUUCCCCCACCUUCUUGAACAGCUGUUGUCAACCUCUGAUACACCUGUAGAUGAAAACGUUGAUCCCCCAAUUAUUCAUUUUGAACCUGGAGAAAGUCAUUCAGAAGAUGCAAUCAUGAUGAACACGCCCGUGGUUAAAGCUGCCUUGGAGAUGGGAUUUAGUAGAAGGCUAAUAAAGCAAACAGUGCAAAGUAAGAUCUUGGCCACUGGAGAAAACUACAAGACUGUUAAUGAUCUUGUGUCUGAUCUCCUUACUGCUGAAGAUGAGAAGAGAGAAGAAGAGAAAGAGAGGCAGUCUGAAGAAGUGGCCUCAGAUGACUUGUCCUUAAUCCGGAAAAAUCGAAAGGCUUUAUUCCAACGUUUGACAUGUGUACUUCCAAUUCUUGGGAGUUUACUGUCGGCUAAAGUGAUAACUGAACUUGAGCAUGAUGUUAUUAAGCAAAAGACUCAGACACCGUUGCAAGCAAGGGAGUUGAUAGAUACAGUCUUAGUGAAAGGAAAUGCAGCAGCCAGCAUAUUCAGAAACUGUCUACGAGACUGUGACCCUUUACUGUACAGAGAUUUAUUUGUGGAGAAGAGUGUGAAGUAUGUUCCUACAGAAGAUGUUUCAGGUUUACCUAUGGAAGAACAAUUAAGGAGGUUACAAGAGGAAAGAACAUGUAAAGUCUGCAUGGAUAAAGAAGUUUCCAUUGUUUUUAUUCCAUGUGGUCACUUAGUGGUGUGCAAAGAAUGUGCACCUUCCCUUAGGAAAUGCCCUAUUUGCAGGGGGACAAUCAAGGGUACAGUACGUACAUUUCUUUCAUAAGGAAGGGAGACUUCCACUUGCAAAAUACCCCGUUUGUUCCUGCCACUGUCCAAAUGUUGACGUUUAAGCCACUAGUGUCUUAAUAGAAAAUUGUGGUACUGGAGAUGAUUAAUCAACUACUUAACACAGUUGUAUAUUAGUAAACUAUAUUGUCAUUAUAAGUGUACUAGAUCUUCCUUGCCAAAGAUGUUUUCUGUAUGUAGCACUGACUAAAUAGUAAGGUGACGUUUUCAGUAGCUUUCUUGCUUGAAUAGGGAAAGUUCUGUAAGUAUGCCCUUACGACAGUUUGAAUAAAAUAUUUUCUGACUGAGUUUCUAAAAGGGAGCUUGGUGUACCUAUUCUCAUGAGUUCCCCUCCACAUAGAUGUGGGGAAAUAUAGUUUGCUUAUUAAUAGUAAACUUCAGCUACUGUUCUGGUUCUGUAUUGGCUUUCUUGUGGGGUUGGGGGAGGAAAGAUAGGUUAACUGUUGCAGGAGCAGUGUGUUUUUUUUAAAUUCUCAUGUUUAGACCUUUGUGUAAUAUGUAUUAAUAAUAGUUUAUAUGAAGACUGAAUUAAAAUAUCUUUACUUCCCAAA